UAGACCCCAAUAUCCCCUCAAGGACCCUCAAUCCCCCCAGAAUCCCCUCAAAAUCCCCCAAGGACCCUCAUAUCCCCCAAACUCCCCAAAGACCAACCCAAAUUUCCUCUUCAGCACCUCAGUAACGCCCAGAUCAUCUCUAGACCCAAGUACCCCCCCGAAAAUCCCACCGCGGAGCCCAGUACCCCCUCAGGGACCCUCCUGGCACCCCAGCAGCCCCCUCCCCAUGAACCCCCGUAUCCCCCAAAGACGAACCCAAAUUUCCUCUUCAGCACCUCAAUAACGCCCAGAUCAUCUCUAGACCCAAAUAUCUCCCUGAAAAUCCUCCUUAGACCCCAAUAUCCCCUCAAGGACCCUCAAUCCCCCCAGAAUCCCCUCAAAAUCCCCCCAAGGACCCUCAUAUCCCCCAAAGACCAACCCAAAUUUCCUCUUCAGCACCUCAGUAACGCCCAGAUCAUCUCUAGACCCAAGUACCCCCCCGAAAAUCCCACCGCGGAGGCCAGUAUCCCCUCAGGGACCCUCCUGGCACCCUCAAUCCCCCCAGAAUCCCCUCAAAACUCCCCCAAGGACCCCCGUAUCCCCCAAAGACCAACCCAAAUUUCCCCUUCAGCACCUCAAUAACGCCCAGAUCAUCUCUAGACCCAAAUACCCCUCCGAAAAUCCCACCGCGGAGCCCAGUAUCCCCUCAGGGACCCUCCCGGCACCCCAGCAGCCCCCUCCCCAUGAGCCCAGAUCCUGCCCCCCGCAGACCCCGAGUGACGCCGCCGUCUCUCCGCCCAGGCCCCCCCGGAUGACGGCCCGCUCGCCGCCGGGCCCGGCGCCCCCCGGCCGGGGCUGGGCCCCCGCGCCGCCCCCGCACCGGCUGCGCGCCCUGGCCCGCGCCUGGCUGGACGAGGACGCGCCCUGGCCGGACGCGGCGGGGGCGGUGGCGGGGGACGCCGCGACCCGCGCGGAGCUGCUCAGCAAGGCCGGGGGGUGCCCGGGGGGCGUCCUGGCGGGGGCCCCCUUCGCCGAGGCCGUUUUCGGGGUGUCGGGGUGCCGGGUCACCUGGAGGGUGCCCGAGGGGGCGGCGCUGCCCCCCGGGCGGGCGGUGGUGGCCGAGGUGGAGGGUCCGGCCGCGGGGGUGCUGGCGGGGGAGAGGGUGGCCCUCAAUAUUUUGGGGCGCUGCAGCGGGGUGGCCUCGAUGGCCGCCAGGGCCGUGGGGGUGGCCCGGGCGCAGGGCUGGGCGGGGGUCGUGGCGGGCACCCGAAAAACCACGCCCGGCUUCCGCUUGGCGGAGAAAUACGCGCUGGGGGUGGGGGGCGCCGACCCCCACCGGGGAGGUUUGGGGGGGCUCAUUCUGCUCAAGGACAAUCACCGAGCGCUGGCGGCGGCAGCGGGGGGGCUCGAGCAGAUGAUUUUGGGGGCGCGGCGGGCCGGGGGCUUCACCCGCCGGUUGGAGGUGGAGUGCUCGAGCGCGGAGGAGGCGCUGGCGGCUGCGGGGGCUGGGGCUGACAUCGUCCUGCUGGACAACCUGGCCCCACAGGAGCUGCACGCGGCGGCGGCGCGGCUCAAGGCCGCGCACCCCGGGGUGACGGUGGAGGCCAGCGGGGGCAUCGUUUUGGAGACCCUCCCCCAGUUCUUGGGGCCCCACGUCGACGUGGUGUCCAUGGGGUGUCUGACCCACAGCGCCCCCGCCCUGGACUUCGCGCUGCGGGUGCUGGGGCCCUGAAAUCCCGGCCCGGGGGCCCCCCGAAAACCCAGCCUAGAACUCCCAAAACGCGACCUGGGGCCCACGGAAAAACCUACUCCCCGAACCCAACCUGAGAUGCACAAAUCAACCCCGGGGGAGAGCGAAACUCAGCGUGAAAAUCCAAAAUUCCCCUGGGAAUGCUCAAAUCCCAAAGGCCCCCCUGGUAAGGGGCUGUAAAAUCUGGCACUGACUCCUCCCAUCUGCCAGGGCCGCCAAUGCCCGAGACCUCCCCACCUCCUGGGACUCCAAAAUCCAUCUUGGGACCCACAAAAUCCAUCUUGGACCCCAAAAAUCCAUCUUGAUUUACCCCUAAAUCAACUCUGGGACCCCAGAAACCCACCCUGGGGCCCUCCAAAACCCACCCUGGGACCCCCAAAUCUCCCCUGAGACCCCACAAAGCCCACCCUGAGGAUCCCAAAUCUCCAUCCUGGGGUUCUCCCACUCACCUCCCUCCUCUAAGGUGGACCCAAAAUUCCAUCCUGAGGUUUCCCCUUCUCCCUUUUCUCUUUGUACCCCCAAAUAAACCCCUACCUCACCCACCCCCA